AUAUGUUUAGUCUUAUAACUAAAACACGUUUGACCUUGCUGUAAGCCUGGAAAUUAUUGCAUGUACGAUUUCCAGAAAACCUGAAACGCAGAAGCAUGUGGGACCAAAAUUGGUAGACAAAAUCCAUCUCUUCUUCAAGCUCUCGGGUUCUUUUAUAACGUUUUGGUGGUAACAUAAGAUUGUCGUUCUUUCAUCUUCUAUGCUCAUACUUCGUUGUUGUUAUUUCAUCUUACAAAAAAAUUAUGCAUAUCUUAAUAUAUUAGAAAUGUUUAUGUUGGCCUUUAGUUGUUUGUCUGUUUCAAUUUCAGUGUUUUUUGUUCGUUAGUCUGAUUAAUGUAGCACACGAUGCUUCCAUCGAUUACAAGUUCAACAAGAGUACACUAAGUACUUUACAGAGCAAUUAAUGCACUCUUUAUACUAAACACGCUCUCCCCACUCUGGCGAAAGUAACCCGCAUUAAAUAUCAAAAUAAAUUAUGGUUUCAUAAACAAAGUAAAACUGUAAGGGCCGUUUUCAUGAAGUCCUGUAUUGUCGCCAUUUUGAACAUAAGGAAACCGACAGUCAUCCAUUUUAACCGUUAAGUAUCUAUACAGGAUUGGGAAUCUCGGUAGCUCUGACGGACAUGAUGCAAACUGCAGUGAACAACAUGCUGAAUCUGACAUAGGAAAUGGACAAUCAGAAAAAACGGUAGCAUAAUAGUGCUUUGGAUGUACACCAUGUAAGACAAUGGAUACAAUUUGUAUGGUAAACAGAGUAUAUUUGAUAAUGGCAGUUCAGUUACUUCUGGCUGAUGUGGGUAGUGCAAACAGCACAUCGAGUACAGAAGUCGAUGGAAGACGCGCAAAUGAUGGUGAUUACCUGGGUUGCUAUCCACAAACCUGCUUUGACAUAAAUGUGCUAUAUCAUCUACACCUCACAGAGGUAACACCUGAUUCGUGUACAGCAACAUGCAAAACAAGGGGAUAUCGGGUUGCUGCAGCAUACAACAGAACAAAAUGCUCUUGCUCGUGUGAGCUGCCGAAGGCAUGUAUUGGUAAAGUUAUGGACCCCGUUCUCGGCAAUAAAUGUGGCUUACCAUGCAAAGGCGAUGCAAUGAAAUUCUGUGGUGGUUAUCUCGGAGCGUCUGUAUAUAAAGUUAAAUCUGGAAACGCAUCAAAACGCAACUGCACGCACACCAAGCCUAAUGGUAGUACGGAUGUAUCUGAAGGAUCAACAUGAUCUUGGUCAUGGUCAUGGGGUCAUUUAAGACCAUAUGUUGUUGGCGGUGCGAGUUUAUUUCUAGUAUUACUCAUCAUAAUCGCCUUUGCUUGUUUGAGAAACCGGGAUCGUCGGGUAGUCUACUCGCCUCGAAAUAAUUCACGAAGAUUGCGUGCCGAUGCAUCGUCACAAGAAAAUGAAGAGCGCCCUUCCACUGACCAACAGACAAGCAGGGAUCAACCAAAACUUCCUCCACGAAACCUUGGUAGCGGUCAACAGCCAUCUGAGGUAGACUCGGUACGAACUCGGAUCCGAAACACUAAGAAAGAAGACACAAGCGACGGUAUUCUGGUUCGAGAAUCCGAUUUCUAUAAUGUCAUUACUGAGGAAGGUGAUGUGCCCGUGCCAGAAUCAAAUUUCUACCAUGUCCUAAACAAGGAAGAUGACUGCGAAACAUGCAGCCAAGAACCUUCAAUGGCUAAUGAAAAUGCCUACGCAUACGCUGAUUGUCGAGCCUACACCGACAGUUUCACUCGCUCGGCUGCUUUCAUUCGUACACAGUCUGAUAGCAUGCCCGGGUGCCCAGAGGGUUCUGAAGAGAUCGGACAUGAAAUGAUCAAUAACGAACUUUAUGCAAUCUCUAAGAAAUAAAGCACACCAAAAUUUAUCAUGAUACAUUACCAUCAGAAUGCAAAGGGAAACCGUUCGAAAACAAUCUGCCGGACCUCACAUUUUUAAAACUAUUAUUUUUUCAAUAAAUUUACGCUUGCAAACAGAAUAUUGAAAAGUUGAACCGUGAUCAUACCAGCUAGCGAUCACUUUAUUUUUUUUUACCUGCGAAUUAACGUACGUGUUCCUACAUAGUAAGUGAUCGAAGUUCCCCACUCUCUCAGAUCUUACUUUGUUUGCAUAAGGUUUGGGAUCCACAACGCCAUUUCUUAACUUAUGAAGAGCUGCAUCGUUUUAAGACUGGAUUUUAUAUCUAAAUGGUUGGGUACUUUAUCGGGACAAAUUUGGUUUUCAAAAAUAUGUUGCACUAUGGGAGAAUUUGAACGUUCGGGGAAGAUCUAAAGUAGAUCCGACCCUUGCGCAAGCAAACUGUUCUUUAUUUCUCUCUCUCUCUCUUUAUAAAUGUGAGAAGUUAUACAUGUACAACAGCUUUCGUAACUCUGGUAUUUAAAUAUGUGGCGAAAAAAGAAAUGAAGAGAACAAUGGUAGGCGUAGUUUGAAUAUAGGUUCCUCAGAGCUACAUGCCCUAUGGAAAAAUUGCUUAGAUACACAGUGCAUGUAUGGGACAAAUAAAAAAGUGACAUAUUAUACAUGUACACUAGCUUUGACAACUCUUGUAUUCAUGUUGGAAGAAAUUAAUGAAGAGAACAAUGGUCCACAUACAUUGGCGGGCGGAAGCCAAAACAAAUUUUUUUGGGGGGGACCAACCAAAUUUUUUGACAAGCAAAAAAAGAAAGAAAAGAAAGGUCAUCAACCUAAAUUUUAGGGGGGGUCCAACUGAAUUUAGGGGGAGGACGCAGAAAACAAAAUUGACAAGCAAUUUUUUUGGGGGGGGUCGUCCCCCACGUCAAAUUUAAGAGGUGACAGGUCCCUCCCUCCCGCCCCCCUUCCGCUUCCGCCGCCUAUGUCCACAUAUAGGCGUAGCUUAAAUCAAGGUUCCUCAUAACCCAGGGAGCUCCCGCCCGCGCAGCAGCGGGCGGGAGCCCAGGGGCUUACCGUGUAUUUUACCAUACUCACGGGACUAGGGUGAUUUAUGGUCUAAAUAUUUCUCCAAAUGAAUUGUGAAAACAGAAAUUAUGCACUUACCACGAUUAUAUGGAUGAAGGUCUAACGAGUGGCAGUUUCCUGACAUCUGGGCACAAACUGGAACCUCAAAAAAACGAACAGUUUCCUCCUUCUACCCCCGUCUCGAUCGGCCAUUUUCUUACAAUUCAU